AUGAGGUCGGUUUUUCUAGCAGGAGUUGUCUCCAGUUGUAUGAUAUUCAAAGAGAAUGGGCUUUCAUGGGACGAAGAGAAAAAUGGAAUCUCCAAAGGAAAGUAUUACACUUAUCUACGCGGAGAAGCAGCGAAGGACUUCCAAAAAAUGAAUGGGAAGAAACCCAAGAAUUACCGGCCCUUUGUCCGGGGUGAUAUCAUUCCGAUUUUGGGCUUCUAUCGGGAAGGUUCAAAGUUCGCAAAGAGAACCGGCGAUUUGGUCGUCCUCAAUGGCGAUAUGAAUUUACCAAACCAAAAGUACAAUAAAGUCCGCUUCUUGGUUAACGAGAUCAAGAACAUUCUCGAGAACAGAGAGAAGAUGUCUCAACUCACUGUACUGGACAACGAUCUCGUCUGUCCCGAAGGAACAUGGAAGGUAUCCAAUCAAACUACGCAAAUGUCCCAAUGUCUUGAUAUUAAUGAAUGCGAUUGGACGAUUCGUUCAACACUUCAGGACGUAGGGGCUUAUAGAUGUCACAAAUCCGCAAAUUGUGAUAAUCUUGAGAACGGAGAAGGAUAUGCUUGUUCCUGUCGAGAUGGUUUUGUAGACAAGUCUCCCGAAGGAGAGGAAGGAACAGUUUGCGAAGAUAUCGACGAAUGCGCAACCGGAACACACGAUUGUGACUUUGAUCCUGACUUUGAAUGCGUUAAUGGAAAUGGUUACUAUACUUGCCAAUGUGCUGAAGGAAAAGGUGAGCGAUCGUAUGAUGAGGAUAACAACAUGUACUGCGAUCGAUUCACAUUUUUUAAUUCGCCUUGCAAGCAAGGCUACAUUCUGUCCACGAAGAUUUAUGAGUGCGUUACUGACUGGUGGUCUGGCAAAAGCUAUGAAGAGUGCAAGGAAGAAGCGCUUGGAUAUUUUGACGAUCAGGGACGAUACAAUAUUACUCGAAUGGAAUGUUUUUUGAGCAUGUUCCCGUUCGGCUGUUCAGAUGAUUCGAAAGUGGACCGACAUACAGGAAUGAUUCCUGAUUUCCAGAUUUCCGAUGUUUGCAGCGAGGAUAUUCUCCGAGCGGACUUCCGCCCAGGCGGAUACAGGGAUGAUUACGUGAUUGACUUGGCCGAUCAGACGACAUACAGGCCUCCAUUUUUCAAGCGAGAAGUGACACAACCACCAACGCCUGACCCAAUGAUGUAA